GAGCGCUUGCGUCAGUAUGAGUGUCCCGGUGCUCCGCUGUGUGUGCGCUCUGUGCUGCAUCCGACGCUUCCAGCAUGUCCGGCCGCGGGAAACAGGGAGGCAAAGUCCGAGCUAAGGCCAAGUCGCGCUCGUCGCGGGCCGGGCUGCAGUUCCCCGUGGGCCGCGUUCAUCGGCUUCUCCGAAAAGGUAACUACGCGGAGCGGGUGGGUGCCGGAGCUCCUGUCUACAUGGCGGCCGUGCUGGAGUACCUGACGGCCGAGAUCCUGGAGCUGGCGGGCAACGCGGCCCGCGACAACAAGAAGACGCGCAUCAUCCCCCGCCACCUGCAGCUCGCCAUCCGCAACGACGAGGAGCUCAACAAGCUGCUGGGCAAGGUGACCAUCGCGCAGGGCGGCGUGCUGCCCAACAUCCAGGCCGUGCUGCUGCCCAAGAAGACUGAGAGCCAUAAAGCUAAAAGCAAAUAACUUAGCGGGCAAAGCUUCUCAGACUUUGCACGACGUAACAUUUUAAACCAAAGGCUCUUUUCAGAGCCACCCACUUAAUCAGAAAAGAGUUGUGUUGCUUCCUUUGAAAAGGUGCUCUGGUGCUGAGUCUUAAAUAGUGCUGAGUUUAACUCGAACUUGUCUUACAGUGCUUUAAAAUCUGGUUUAUAUUGAAGAGGGGUGAUAUAUUUGCUUAUUGACCUGUGUUUUUAAAUGAACCUUAGUGUUUUCAAUGUGUUUUAUUAUUAGCGUAAUGCUCAGUAAAUAGCUGGUUCUUUAGGAUUCUACUCACCUGUCAUGGUCCCACAGCUUAGUUAGAAUGUAAAAACACGACGGUGACUAAAGCACGGGUGGGAGUGGCAAAAGCUCUGCAGCUUGAAGAUAAAUAGGAGACCAUCCUAAACCCCAGAUAUAGCGACGUCUAACCAUCUAAAAAGGCUUUCUUCAUUCCCUCGAAAGGCCUUUGUCCUUUAAAAGGUGUGUAAGUUCCAUAUUUCUUAAGUUUAUGCCUUAAUAAAAUGAGGAAUGCUUUUGGAAAAAAUGGCAUUUUGUUUGCAUCUCUAGGUAGUCAAACCUGCACUCUAAAGCAACAGUGUAAUACUUUCAUUGAGGAACACCUUGUAGUGGUAGUAUAUUCCCAUUUUAUGUAGCAUUUUCAAACUUCCUACUCAUAAAUCUCUCACUAUUCAUUGCUGCUCCUCUUGUUGCAUUAAUUAACCGCAGAUAAUAUUGUGUUUUCUAUUUUAUUGGCACAAAUAUCACCUAAGAGCACAUCAAAUUUCUUCAUCAUUAUAAACUAUGAGAAAAACUGGCCCAGAAGCCUCAUCUGAUGGUUUGUAGCACACUGUAUUGAGGUGAUUGGUCUCAUCUCUGCUUCACCUCUGCUCUUUCCACUCCCAGAGAGGAGGAGGAGUGCUCUGGGCUUGGGGGAAGGCAACGCUCCCACUGUGCCUCCUCACCAUCCCCAAGCUGUAACUGAGGCCUUUUAGGCAGCAUUGAGCCAUGGCCAAAGUGGGCAUCAGGGAUGAUUUGUGGAGAGAAACAUAAAGAAGAGAGCUGCUGGAGCACCAGACUCAUCUUUUAUAGCAAUGGUAUCUGUGUCUCAAGGUUUUGUUUGUAAAUGGACACGUUUAAGGCUGUAGUGGUUUUAUUAUGCUGUUUUAUUUAUCAUCAUUUCCUAGUUAAAUAUCUCCUGGCUCUUACACUUCUUUAAAAACUGCAAUGGUAAUUAAAAUUUUAUUUUAACAUGC